GUUAAAUUGAUUACAUCUUAAGAGUCUUAGACAUUAUAAAGAGUGAAAAAGCUGAGCUAAAAGAUGAAUAAAUUGAUGGAAAUAACUGAGUUUGGAAGAAGUUUAUCGAAUGACCAUGCACCAGUGGUGUCCAUAUCUGUGUUCUUGGCCAUUCUUUGUUUUUGUUUGAUCGUUGGUCACUUGCUUGAAGAGAGCCGCUGGGUUAAUGAGUCCAUUACUGCCAUCUUGAUCGGAUUGUUAUCUGGGAUAGUAAUAUUGUGUAUAACCAAGUGGAAGAGUUCUCACAUUUUACAAUUCAGUGAAGAACUGUUCUUCAUAUAUCUUCUUCCACCCAUUAUAUUCAAUGCUGGGUUUCAGGUCAAGAAGAAGCAAUUCUUUCACAACUUUCUAACCAUCAUGAUGUUCGGUGUCAUCGGUGUUUUUAUUUCGUCAUCCAUCAUAACUGCUGGCAGUUGGUGGCUGUUUCCUACGUUAGGAUUUGUUGGUCUGACAGUACGAGAUUAUCUCGCUUUGGGGACAAUUUUUUCGGCUACGGAUACAGUCUGCACUCUGCAGGUUCUGCAUCAAGAUGAAACUCCUUUGGUUUACAGCCUUGUGUUUGGGGAAGGAGUUGUCAAUGAUGCAACAUCAAUUGUUCUCUUCAAUGCAAUUCAAAAAAUUGACGUUGAAAAUCUUGAUGGCAAGGCAGCUCUUCGCAUCAUUGGAAGUUUCUUUUACCUAUUCACAACAAGUACUACACUUGGAAUUACUGCUGGCCUUUUGACAGCAGUUAUACUUAAAACCUUAUACUUCGGAAAACAUUCAAGCGUUCGUGAAGUCGCUUUAAUGGUUUUAAUGGCAUAUUUGUCUUACAUAUUGGCUGAGCUGUUGGAGCUAAGCGGGAUUCUCACUGUUUUCUUCUGUGGGAUUUUUAUGUCGCACUAUGCAUGGUAUAAUGUGACUGACAGUUCAAGAAUUACAACCAGGCAUAUUUUUGAAAUGAUGUCAUUUGUAGCAGAAACUUUCAUAUUUCUAUAUGUGGGAAUGGAUGCUCUUGACAUCGAGAAAUGGAAGAUGAAUAAGCUGGGUUUUUGGACUUCUUUGGGCAUCUAUGGUUUCUUAGUCUUACUGAUAUUGCUUGGACGUGCGGCAUUUGUGUUUCCACUCUCUGUGUUGUCCAAUUAUAUGAAUCAAUGCAGGGCACCUUCGAUUACAUUCAAGCACCAGGUAGUUAUCUGGUGGGCUGGCCUCAUGAGGGGUGCAGUUUCUAUUGCUUUGGCUUUUAAGCAGUUCACAUACUCUGGUGUUACAUGGGAUCCGGCUUGUGCUACAAUGAUUACCAGCACCAUAAUUGUCGUCCUCUUCACUACACUGGUGUUCGGUUUUUUGACAAAGCCGCUUAUACAACAUCUGCUUCCUUGCCAUGGAACUAACAACAAUAGUAGUCGUGAACCGAAGUCCCCAAAAGAAGACAUGAUUUUGCCUUUGCUCUCCUUUGAGGAAUCGACUACAACCAACCUUCUUCGGGCAAAAGAUAGUUUGUCCAUGCUUCUAGAUCGUCCUGUAUAUACCAUUCAUUCCUACUGGAGACGAUUUGAUGAUACCUACAUGAGACCCAUAUUUGGGGGACCUCUCAGGGAUCAGCCAGAAUGUUAGGCAGGUAAUCUUAUGUCAACU